AUGCACUCUCCUAAGAAAAAAAACCUCUCCACCAAUAUACACCAAACUGAGCAUGUGCAGAGUGUCUCCACACAAUUUGUCUUAUCAGGAGAUAAGAGGGGGCACUGGAAGAAGGAGAGGAUCAGAGAAGACAGGAUCAAACUGCGUUUUUACACAAUGCAGAGGAUUAACCCAUAGGUUCCACAGUGAGUAUAACAAGCAUGCUUUACUGCCAGGGGCGGACUGACAACUCAUGGGGCCCCCGGGCAAUAGGGGAUCAUGGGGCCCCCAUGUCCUCGCCCAUACCCAAAAAAGCCUAU